AUGGCGGCGGCGGCGGGCGGGGGGGGUGCUGUGGUGUCCGUGCUGGCCCCCACCGGUCGGCGGGUCACGGUGCGGGUGGGGCCCGGCACGGUGCUGCUCCAGAUCCUCGAGGAGGUCUGCAGGAAGCAGGGCGGCAGCCCCGGCGAGUACGGCCUGAAGUUUCAGAGGAGUGUGUUGGACCUCUCUCUACAGUGGAGAUUUGCCAGACUGCCCAACAAUGCCAAGCUGGAGAUGGUGCCAGUCACUAAUAAAGUGGAAAUUGGAAACACGGUUCGGAUUGCCUUACAAUUGGACGAUGGCUCCCGUUUACAAGACACUUUUCUCUGUCAACAGACUUUAUGGGAACUUCUCAAUCAUUUUGCAAAGAGCAGGGAGUUUAUGGAACAGCAUGGUGAAUUCUCUCCAGUCUGUAUUUACAUGCGAGAUGAGAUAACAGGGAAAGAGGCUCUAGAGAAGACAACACUGAAGUCACUUGGCCUGACUGGAGGCAGUGCCAUAAUCAGAGUUGUCAUGAAGAAAUGCAGUUCAUCUGUUCAAGAGGAAUCAGUGGGUGCCACGGCGCAGUGCAGUGAGCAGACAGUGAAGUCAGGCACUACUGAAGGAGAAGAGGAUGUGCCCCUACCUCAAGCAAACACAUUCCCAAAGAACCUGGACCACAGGGAUGUGGCCAUGUCUUUAAACAGCUGCACAGACAAGCAAGACUCAAUUAGGGAAUCUCAUGCUGGUUUGGAGGAGCAGUGCCCUUCCUCAGAGCCGGAGUCUGCCCCUUUUGUCCCUUUUUCUGGAGACGGACAGCGUCUGGGGGACUCUUCUGUAGCUGCACCAUCUCUUGGGUUAGAUAUGCCAUCUUCAAAGCUGCCAAGAGCUUCUUCCAGCCCUGGAGGCCCUUCUAAGCCAAAGAAGUCUAAGAACAGCCAAGAACUGCAAAAGGAGCAAGAACAGCUGGUAGAACGAGAGCCAAUUGUGUGUCACCUAGACCUACUAGAACCACUGCCUGCUGCCCUAGAAGAACUUCCUGAUGAGUUUUUUGAAGUCACAGUGGAUGAUGUACGGAAACGUUUGGCACAGCUGCAGAGUGAGAGGAAACGCCUGGAAGAAGCUCCACUGAUGACAAAAUCAUCGAGGGAGGCUCAGCUGAAGGAGAAGUUAGAGCGUUAUCCAAAGGUGGUGUUAAGGGUCCAUUUUCCAGACCGUCAUGUUCUGCAGGGGUUCUUCUGCCCUAAUGAAACCGUUGGUGCUUUGAGAGACUUUGUGAGAAGCCACCUUGCAGAUGCAGACUUGUCAUUUUACUUGUUUAUUGCACCUCCCAGAAUCAUCUUGAACGAUGAAAGUUUGACGCUCUUUGAGGCUAAACUCUUUCCAACUGCUGUCGUUCAUUUUGGAUCUGAGGAUUGUAGAGAUUCUUACCUGAAAUCAGACCUGCUGAGCUCUGCAGUUUCCCCUUCUGCAGCUGAUUUAUUGGUAGCCAGAUGCUUGUCCAAACCAUUAGUUCCUUCUGCUUCAUCAUCUUUAGAAUCAACAGUUUCAUCCCUAUCUGAACCACAAGUGGAAAGUGGCAAAAAGACUGAUGAGCAACUGGAACCAGCAACUGUGUGUGAAGCUCCACAGGUGUUGAGAAGGGUCCCUGGGAAAGUACCUAAAUGGCUGAAGCUUCCAGGUGGGAAGAGAUGAAAUAUUCUGGACUGCUGGAUCAGGAAGCAGUCAUCCGAACCCCUUUCCUGAUGAACUUACUCAGAAUAUGUAAGAAAUUGUUGGUGGCCCUGGAAAGAUCUAAUCUGGAUGAAUAUUACUUAUGAAAACAGAAAAUUGCUAUCACAGGUGCCAGUUUCACCUUUUGGAGGAUGGAAGGCCUGCUUGUGGUCUUUGUGACUAUAGAAGCAAGGUCAGAGGUUAAAACUAAGGUUUCUUGCAUGCAAAUAGUAUGAAUUAAAGGGGAAAUAAUUCCUAUGCACUUUCUGUGAAGGACUUUGCUUUUAUCCAUAUUUUUCGAUUCCAAUCUUCCCAGUUCUACUUUCAGAGGUAACUUUCAGUCUAGCUGCCUGAAUUCUAACAGCAAGAUAGAAUCCAAUCCAGUUGUACCUAUAGCUAUGCUGCCUAGAACAAGAUUUCUCUCUGCUUCUUGCUGACUGGGGUUAGUGCUGCUGAUAAUUCCAGGUUUAGAUGGGCUGGGAAGUGAGUGAAGAGGAAGCACUUAAACCAGACCAUUUAAAGCAGUUCUAAUGGGCUUUUCCUGUGAAUCUUUUGGGUUGCUGCACUUGUAUUGUUUUCAGUUGCCAGAAUCUUGUCAACAAAGAACACAAGUAUCUCUUAGUGGGAAGCAUGAUGUAGAGGAUGGUAUAUUUUCACUACAUAUAAUUAACAUCAGUAAUACAGUAGUGGUGGUGGUGGUGAAUGUAGCAACACAGUUAGUGUACAGAGGGGAGCACUUGCCCAGAUCUUUGCCUCCUGCAGAUGUAGUACAGGAAUGAAUAUUGUUGGUCAGAGCUGUGCCUAUACUGGAGAUGAACUCUAUAGUGCCACAGUAUCCAUGGUGCUGUAUUUUAUUUGAAGUCUUCUCCAUGGAUCAGUGAUUCAUGCUGGACAGCUGGGGCUCCAUGCUACAGUAACAACAUAUUUUCCAUUUUCCCUGUAUACACAAUUGUUCCCUGAGCUGUGUGUGCAUCUGCACAAUUUGUAGAAGUAAUAAAGCAGAGUGGCCAUAGGAGGCCUUUUGGUCGGUCUC